GAUGAAAGAUGAGGAGAAUGAAGGAGGAUGUUUUAGGCGGUAAUGAUGAGCAGCUCGUCUCCACAUCACUGGGGUUAGAGAGAAGAUGCUGGAUGCUGGAUUAUAGACCCGGUGGACUGGUGUAGCUUCUCCACUCGGGGUCGUCAGGCGUCCGUUUCAUGCAUUCACUCAGAUCUCCAGACACACAGACAGGACAUUGCGAUAGGAAGUCCUUCGUGGACACUUAAAGCUCCGGAGCUGGAGGAAAAUGUGUGGCGUUGGACUCGCCACCAGCACGCUUCUUUACAAUGAUGGGACCGCGCACUCAGCCACAGCCAGAGGUGAGUAUGACUCCACCACAGCGCCCAUCCAACCCUGGUGACAGGCCGCCUGCUGAAACGGUUAAGAAGAACAGUGUCGGUAACACUGGACUGAUUCUGGACAGCUCGACGCUGAAGAUGGCAGAUGUGGACUCAGAGGUUCCUCCUCUCCCACCGCGCUACCGUUUCAGAGACCUGCUUUUGGGGGAUCAGUCAUUUCAGAAUGACGACAGGGUUCAGGUGGAGUUCUAUGUUAAUGAGAACACGUUUAAAGAGCGAUUAAAGCUCUUCUUCAUCAAAAACCAAAGGUCAAGCCUUAGAAUACGCCUUUUCAACCUCUCGCUGAAGUUGUUAACAUGCCUCCUGUACAUCCUCCGAGUGUCACUGGAUGUCCCCACUACCCAAGUCACAUGUGCACGGAAGCACUGCUCCAAUGUCACUGAUGCUCUCUGCAGUAAAAUCUGUGCCAAUCAGACGACAGAUCCCAUCCAGAUCAACUGGGAGUUGAUAUUCUGGGUGAACAGAAAGACUCCUGUAUGGGCUAUACAGGUGACCGUGGCCUUAAUUAGCUUCCUAGAAGCAAUGCUCUUGACAUAUCUCAGUUACAAGGGAAACAUUUUUGAGCAGAUUUUCCAAAUUUCCUUCAUCCUUGAGAUGAUCAAUACAGUGCCAUUCAUAAUUACAAUCUUUUGGCCCCCAUGGAGGAACAUAUUUGUCCCAGUGUUCCUUAACUGUUGGCUUGCCAAGUCAGCGUUGGAGAACAUGAUUAAUGAUCUUCACCGUGCCAUUCAGCGCACACACUCCGCCAUGUUUAACCAGGUGCUCAUCCUCAUCUGCACGCUGCUUUGCCUGGUCUUCACAGGCGCUUGUGGAAUUCAACACCUAGAGCGAGCAGGGAAGAAUCUUUCCCUGUUUGAUUCGCUCUAUUUCUGCAUCGUCACCUUCUCCACUGUGGGCUACGGAGACGUCACACCGAAAAUCUGGCCCUCCCAGCUACUGGUGGUCAUCAUGAUCUGUGUGGCGCUUGUAGUGCUGCCAUUACAAUUUGAGGAGCUAGCUUAUUUAUGGAUGGAGAGGCAGAAAUCAGGCGGGAACUACAGCAGACAUCGAGCUCAGACUGAAAAACAUGUGGUGCUUUGUGUCAGUUCGCUCAAGAUUGACCUCCUCAUGGACUUCCUCAAUGAGUUCUAUGCGCAUCCCAGAUUGCAGGAUUACUAUGUGGUCAUCCUCUGCCCUACGGAGAUAGACAUCCAAGUGCGGCGUGUGCUACAGAUUCCUCUAUGGUCUCAGAGAGUCAUCUAUCUGCAGGGCUCUGCAUUGAAGGACCAGGAUCUCAUGAGAGCCAAGAUGGAUGAUGCAGAAGCUUGCUUUAUCCUCAGCAGCAGGAACGAAGUGGACCGCACUGCAGCUGACCACCAGACUAUCCUAAGAGCAUGGGCAGUGAAAGACUUCGCUCCAAACUGCCCUCUCUACGUCCAGAUCCUUAAACCUGAGAACAAAUUCCAUGUGAAGUUUGCUGAUCACGUAGUGUGUGAAGAGGAGUUCAAGUAUGCCAUGCUGGCUCUUAACUGUGUGUGUCCUGCCACGUCCACACUGGUUACACUUCUGGUCCACACUUCACGCGGACAAGAGGGGCAGACAUCUCCAGAACAGUGGCAGAGGACAUACGGGCGCUGCUCGGGUAAUGAAGUUUACCACAUCCGCCUUAUGGACAGCAAAUUUUUUGGAGAGUACGACGGGAAAAGUUUCACUUACGCCUCCUUUCAUGCACACAAAAAAUAUGGGGUUUGCCUAAUAGGCGUAAAGAGAGAAGAGAAUAAAAGUAUCCUGCUCAACCCCGGCCCCCGCCACAUCAUGGCCGCCACAGACACCUGCUACUACAUCAACAUCACCAAAGAGGAGAACUCCGCCUUCAUUUUUAAACAGGAGGAGAAGCACAGCAAGGGCCUGCCAGUCAGCGGUCUGUACGACGCCCCCUCUCGUCUCCCCGUUCAGAGCAUCAUAGCCAGCAUGGGCACUGUUGCCAUAGACCUGCAGCACCCUGAGCCCGCAGGUGACAGCAGCAAGUUGGCAAUACCCACGGAGAAUGGAGCUGGGAGCCGGCGACCCAGCAUCGCCCCUGUCCUGGAGCUCGCUGACUCCACCGCCAUCCUGCCCUGUGACCUCUUGAGUGACCCCUCCGAGGAUGAGACCAACCAAUCAGACGAGGAAGGAUUGCCUGCCCCAGAAUACGUCAAAGGAUAUCCUCCAAACUCACCAUACAUCGGGAGUUCACCGACACUGUGCCACCUUCUACAAGAGAAAGCUCCAUUUUGCUGUCUGCGACUAGACAAGGGUUGCCGCCAUAACAGUUUCGAAGAUGCCAAAGCAUACGGAUUCAAGAACAAGUUGAUCAUUGUCUCCGCUGAGACGGCUGGAAACGGCUUGUACAAUUUCAUCGUCCCGCUGCGCGCUUAUUACAGACCCAGGAAGGAGCUGAACCCCAUCGUGCUGCUUCUGGAUAAUCCGCCAGAUAAUCAUUUUCUGGAGGCUAUCUGCUGUUUCCCCAUGGUCUACUUUAUGGCCGGCACCAUAGACAAUUUGGAUAAUCUGCUGCAGUGUGGGAUAAUUUACGCUGAUAACCUUGUAGUGGUGGAUAAAGAAAGCACCAUGAGUGCAGAGGAGGACUACAUGGCUGAUGCUAAAACUAUUGUCAAUGUUCAGACCAUGUUUAGAUUGUUCCCAAGUCUCAGUAUUAUCACUGAGCUGACUCAUCCGUCUAAUAUGAGGUUCAUGCAGUUUCGGGCCAAAGACUGCUACUCCCUGGCUCUCUCCAAAUUAGAGAAGAUAGAGAGAGAUAAAGGAUCCAAUCUUGCGUUCAUGUUCCGCCUCCCGUUCGCUGCUGGCAGGGUGUUCAGUAUCAGCAUGCUGGAUACGCUGCUCUAUCAGUCUUUUGUUAAGGACUACAUGAUUCCUAUUGCUAGACUCCUGCUUGGUCUAGACACUACCCCGGGCUCUGGGUACCUCUGUAUGAUGAAGGUAACAGAGGAAGACCUGUGGAUCCGGACAUAUGGAAGGCUUUUUCAGAAGCUCUGUUCCUCCAGUGCUGAAAUCCCCAUCGGCUUGUACCGCACAGAAUCCCACAUGUUCUCAUCGUCAGAGUCUCAGGUGUCUGUAAACGUGGACGAGUGUGAGGACCCAAGGGACCGACGUGAGUCCUGGAAAGAGAAAACGGCCCACAGGAACUCGACAGGCAGCGACCAAUCAGAACAUCCGCUACUGAGGAAGAAGAGCAUGCAGUGGGCACGAAGGCUAAGCAGGAAGAGCACAAAGCCCACGAGCCGUGCUGAACGCAUCAACCAACAACGGCUCAACCUCUACAGACGCUCUGAGAGACAGGAGCUCUCUGAACUGGUCAAGAACCGCAUGAAGCACCUGGGUCUUCCCACUAUCGGUUACGAGGACGUAGCUAAUUUAACUGCGAGUGAUGUGAUGAACCGAGUAAAUCUAGGAUAUUUGCAAGAGGGUACCUACAUAACAGAGGGUACACAAGUGGCUCAAACAGACGAAAUGAAUGAUCAUCAGAACACGCUGUCCUACGUGCUGAUCAACCCUCCUCCAGACACAGUUCUGGAGCUCAAUGAUAUUGUGUACAUCAUCCGGUCAGACCCGUUGGCACAUGUACCCGACGAAUUGCCUGCAUGCCAGGCAGGUGCCAAGCUAAAGCAGGAAUAUGGCACAGAGACACGAGGAGAGACUCAUCUCUGAAAACCAGAGUUCAGCUUGGAGCAUGCAUGAAGAGUGCCUCCUGUCCCUGCUACACAGCCACAUCACCUGAAGCACGCUGCCCUCCAAGGCCACAGGGGUAGGGGAGGGGGGGGGGGGGUUAUCUACACCAUCACUGUCAACUUCCCCUGCUUUUAUUUUUCGAUGAAGAAGUGGAAUCUGUGUGCAUGUUGGAUUAGAAAGGCUGCUGUGCUUUCGCAAGUUUAGACAGAUUACAAGACGAGGAGAUGUCUUGUCAUGUUCUGGACCAAAUAUGCUGUUCAAGUUUUCCUCUGGACAGUGUAUGAAAUAGAGUGAGAGGAACAGAAACAGAUAAAGACUGCCAUUUAAUGAGAUUUUAAGAAGACAUUAACAAUCAGUAAAUAUAAGUGACAUUAAUGUAUAUACAUGUAGGUACAUAUCCUUUGACAUGCUCACUGAACCUUCAGUAUUUAUCAUAUAUCAUAUUAUUGUUUUGUCCUUGAAGCACAGGUAUUUUAGAUUAGAUUACCCAACCAGUGAAAUCAGACUUAUACCAUGAACCAUUUGAUCAAUACCAAAUGAAUUUAUCAUAUCAAGUAUUAUUUUUAGUAUGAAAAGCAUUUAUUGAUCCAAUUCGGGUGCUUUCUCACCACUUUGGGAAAAAAAAGAAAAGAAGUAAUUACUUUUAUAUCAAAUAUCACAAGCUCCAUGCAUCUUGGAUACCUUGUUGGGUUUUUUUUUAUUAUUAUUAUUUUUUUUUUUAUAAAUACCCUGUUUAAAGUGAGAGCCUUCUGUCAUUAUAACAGGAUAGAAAGUCACAUUUUUUCUCACUAAAAUUGCUCUCACAGAAGGGCUGCUCAUGAGAAAUUGUUUUAUUAAUUAUUUAUAAUUCAUCCUACUGAUACAGAUCAUAAUGGGUAAACAUGCUGUUUUGUAAUGCCAUAUUGCCUGAAUGUUACCAAUGAUGUAUUUUCCCUAUUUGUAUUAAUGCUGAAGAUUUAAAAUGUUAUUACAUUUUUAUCCAUAUGUUUAUUUGGAUACUAGAUUUAUUAUUCAAUGUAAUAAAAAGAAAAUCAUAACUAGAACAUUAGAAUCUGCCAGGUAUGUUGCACUAAGCUCUGCUGGUCUGAAUGGAGUAGCGUAGUAUAGCAUGACCCUUUAACCCUAAACUACGAGGAAACCAUUCAGCAGACUUAGCAUAUAAAAAGUUACUAUUUCUUGUCUGAACGCAACAGAAGUUCAUUACAAACCAUGUACUGUAUAAACAUCUGAUUUCUACAUGUUGCAUGUCAUUUUAAAGCUACAUUGGAACCGUAGAGUAGAAUAGUCGCAGAAUUCUUUUCAGGGUAAAUUUUUGAUAUGUGAAGCCAGACGUGCAAACCUCGAUCAUUUCGGUUUGACAGCCACGUCAUGAAGGGAUAUAUUUAUAAUAAAUACAUUUAUUGAUUAUGGAUGCCUUGCCUUGCAUCAGUUUAUUUUCUUUUGACCCUUCACGGUUCUAUCCAGUGAAUACUGUAGUUUUUGUAUCAACCUAUACUGUAGUGCAUACUGAAGAUCAAAUGAUAUCUGUCGAGCCAUAUUUCCCAAUCCAUCCAUCUCAGGUGACUGAGGAAAAGCUGCUGAGCUAGCAGAAGGAAGAUCGAUUCAAAGAUAUCACUGCAGCCCUCAAAAAAAGUUAGCCAUACUGAGAGAAUGGUUGUGCCAUAAUUUUUGGCCAGUUACUGUAAGUCUGUAAUCUAUUUCGAAGUUGCUUUUUUUUUUGGCGUUUGGGUGAAAGGUGGAGAAAAGUACAAGCUCGAUUUGUCCGCCUGUUUACACGCUCGUUUAAGUGUCUGAAAUGGACUCCAGGCAGAAGGAUGUCAAUGCUUUUUAUUCACUAUAUUACACAAUUAUCAUGCUCAUGACUCCCUUAAAAUGGUUUAAGGAGUGGAUUAACCUAAAGUAGACUAUAGGUUUAGUUCCUUUUCUUUUUCUUGUCAUUUCUCAUGCAUGUCCGCUUGGUCACCAAACUUCCUUUUGAAAGUUAGACAUGCUCUGUUUUUUUUUUACCCAACCACUGACCACCUUCAACUAUUUAGAUUUUAUGGUAUGUAGAGUCAUGUGAGCAUUUCAAUAAAGAUAGAAGACAAAUGGACAAUGCAUGUCCUUUUAUUGCCAAACUUACAAGAGACCUAUGUUUACAUUUGCUGGCUCCUGUUUUUUUUGUGUAGAACAGUACAUUGUAAAGGAGAACUGAUCCAUUUUGUACAAUUUCUUAUAUGAAGUCUGUGUACUUCCAACAUGUACGAAUGAUUCAAUAAAUGCUGCAUGCAGCCAGAAAUAA